GUUUUAAAAUUAAUAAAUAUUCGCAUCUAACUUUAUAAUUGACUAAUCUUAUUCCUGGAUGUGAAUAUGAUUUCAUGGGCUUCAACAUAUAUUUAAACUGAGCCUGAAUAUUCGUUUUCAGAAAGAGAAAUAAAAGGUUUAGAUUGGCGUUUUCAGUUUAUAAGAUAAAAGGUUUGAUAAGUAGGUUUAAAGGCUUUUGAUUUUCAAAAUUGUAGCUACAUAAGAAUAAAUUAUCGGUUUUUGAAACCAUUCUAUCAGUUGAAUUUGAAUGGCUUCAGUUCAGUUGAUAUAGAGUAAAAAUACCCUUUGAACUACGGUAGUCACCUUUUUAUAGAUGAUAACCAUUUUUAGUCAUGGUAUUUCAUAUAACUACAAAAAAAAAAUUGGAUAUGCAAUAUGUUUAUGCGAGUGUUUCAAAAUGUAAAAUAUCUCUAUGUAUUAGUUCAUUUCUUUAGUUUUUAUUUUAUUUUGGAAAACCUCCAGAGUACAUGUAUUUAACAGGUCAACUCCCAAUUCAUGAGGUCCUAGUGAAAUGAUUACUCUUUAAUAUUAGACAUAUGAAAUGUCGGCCAAUAUGGUCUACUCUUCUAGCCAGUUCCUUUGGUCUUUCAGUUUUGUACGCUUAAUCUAAUCUUUUUUGUUAAUCUAAUACUUAAGAUUCAAAUAAAUUAAAAAACCAAUACAAUGGCUCUUGCCUCCUACAAAAGUCUACCCACCCUUGUACAAUUUUAAAAUUUUCCAGAUGUCAAAGAUUAGUCUUCUGACGGUGUAAGUUACCUGGUGAUGUCAACCCAUGCUGAAUAGAACUAGUAUUGAACUAAUCAUUUUGGUACUUGUGUACCGCCUAAUAAUAUGGAAUAUUAACUAUUUUAUGUACACAUACGUCGAUAGUCGAGUAGUGUAUAGUGGUUUGUGUGUUAGCGAUGUUGAUAUAUUACCGUCCUAAUUCAAAUUUGAUAUAAAUUAAUUGUACGUUGUUGACUAAAAUAGUUAUCAUUAUAAACUCUCUUUCGUUGCUACCAUACAAAUUCGAGACUAUAACAUUAUAUAGCUGUUCUAAAAAAAACAUUAUAUAGCUUGGAACAUGUCACCCAAACAUACAAACUAGUUUUACUCUUAGUACCAUUAUAUCUUAUAUAAUAUUUCGAAUUCAGAUGUAGUAACAUAUUUUGUGAAUUGUAUACUUAAAAGUAAAACCUUUUAACAAAAAAAGAAAGAAAGUAUACUUAAAAAUAAUGUUCAAAAAAAAAGUAUACUUAAAAAUAUAUAGUCAGUUCUAUACAAAAUUUCUAUUAAUUUAUUGUAUUUUUGACAUACUGACCACCUUAAAAUGAUAAAACUGAUGAGAGUACAAAUACAAAUAUAAAAUAGCGAAUUUUCUAUUAUCUGAUAUUUAUGCAUAUAAUAUAUGUUAAUUUUGUAUAUUUCCCAUAGAAGAGGAAAGGAAAAUUCCAAUAAACUAAUAUUAUGAUGAGAGGUUUGACUUUAUUAGGAACGUCAAAUUUAAUGAACCUCUCUUCUUCCUUGAACGCAAAGGAAGUUUCUGAGUUGGAAAACGCUGUCUCCAAUUCAUAGGUUCUCUAUCUCUAUACCUAUAUAUAUGUGUUAACACAAUAUUAUUUCCUAUAUUAUCUUUGAUGGUCAUAUGAUCGUUAAUUAAUCUCCAUGGCCACGAGUAGAGUCUCCCACGUCAUAGGGUUUCUUCUAUGUAUCUCUCUUCUUCUCCUGUUGGUCUCUGAAGGUUUCUUUGUUAGGCUCAACUCCAUGUCCUCCAUAAAGCCUUUUCCAUCUCCGGUUAUUAGCUCGCUGCGACCAGGAAGAAGAGCUUUUGUGGUAAGUAAGUUUGACUUCACACCGUUCAUGAAAGACCUUCGCCGAAAAGAUCAUCAAGAUGUUUCACGGCUGGGAGGAUCCGAGAUCGACCCAAGAUAUGGAGUUGAGAAACGGCUCGUCCCAUCUGGUCCAAACCCCUUGCACCACUGAUUGUCUUCUUAUAUAUAUUUUACUUAAAUUUUCUUAAUUAAUUUGUUUCUUUCGAAUUGAUAUAAACACUAAAAAGGAUAUACUGCACAUAAUUUAAUUCAUAAAAAGCUGCUAAUAUUUCUUUGGGGAGCAUAUGUAUUGAAUUAUUUAUUCUUCUUUGUCAUGUGAAGUAUUUGUUUUAACUUUCGUUGUAAAAGAUGAUAUUUAGUUUUUUUACUCA